AUGGCAGCCCGAUUGCUAUUGAUCGUGUUUUGCUGGGUACUCUCGUCACAAGCGGCUGUCGUAUGGGGCCCAGUCGUCGACCUUGGCUACGAACUACACGAAGCAACCGUCAAUGAAACUGGCAACUAUUACAAUUUUUCCAACGUACGCUAUGCGUCAGCGCCUGUCGGUAAUCUACGAUUCGCAGCUCCUGUGUCACCUCCGAAGGCCAAAAAGCCCAUCAUAAAUAACGGACAAACCACCUUCAUAUGUCCACAAGGCAUCCCUUACUGGUCGAAUAUCGCGUUUGCUCGUCUAGCAGGCCGAAAUGUGUCUCUCGGUAAUGAAAGCGACUAUAAAAUUGCCGAUAUCCCACCAGUUGAUCCACGCACGAACGAAGACUGUCUGUUAUUGGAUAUUACGGUGCCAAUGAGUGUUUUUGAUGGCCGAAGAAGGAACAUCAGCGGAGCACCUGUGCUUCUCUGGUUCCAUGGUGGCGGUUUUGUCCUUGGAAACAAAGGCGGAUGGGGUAAUGGUGCUGGCCUUGUCGGGCGUUCUCUUGAGAACAACCAGUCUGGAAUUAUCUAUGUGGCCGCAAACUAUCGUCUUGGCCUCUUUGGUUGGCUAUCUGGGCAUGAUUCGAUCACUUCCAAUGCCGGACUACUAGAUCAAAAACUUGCCAUCGAGUGGGUGAGGAAGCAUAUACAUCUCUUUGGCGGUGAUCCAAACAAAAUAUCUGUCAUUGGCGAGUCUGCUGGAGGGGGCUCAUUGAUGACACUCAUAACUACUAAUGGCGGAAAUAACGGCAAGGAAGCGUUGUUCUCACGAGCGAUACUUCAGAGUCCAUGGCUUCCUCCGUUGCGUGAGGAAUCUCAAGCAAUUGCAUUGUACAACCAGGUACUACAAGCAGCAGACGUUUCGAGUCCGGAUCAGUUACGUGAUGCACCAUCCGAGACCUUACAAACAGUAAACAGCUUGCUUAUCGGCAGAGCUCCGUUUGGAACUUACGUCUUUGGUCCUUUGAUAGAUCACAAAACAAUUCCCGAUGAUCCAAGAAGAUUGCUUAAGAAUGGAUCGUUCAAAUUGACUAUCGGCCUUAUGAUUGGCCACAAUUCUAAUGAAGGAGCUUUUUUCACACCUCCUUCUACGACUGCAAGCUGUUCCUUCGAAUGCUUCUUCUCCCGGGUGCUUCCUCAAUUAUCCCAGGAAACACUAUCGUAUAUAUCCAGCUCUUUAUACCACUUUGGACAGUCUACCCCAACAAAUAACAUUACAAGUAUGCGAGAACAAUACGAACUGGCUUACGGCAACUUUUCUAUCAAUUGCAAUAUUGAAUACCUCAAGUCGGCAUACCAGGACAGGCUGUACGCCUACAUUUUCAGCCAACCCCCAGGCGUACAUACGACUGACUUGCUAUUCACCUUCUCUAAUGUGGCUGACCAAGGAGAUGGUGUAAUGGAUGAUGCAUGGCUAGCAGUUAUUAUGCAGCGAUAUUUUGUCAAUUUCGCUCUUUCAGGAUCACCCAACACUCCACUGCCGGUUCCAGAGUUCCCUCAAUUCUCUAACAACUCUAUGGUUAUGAACUUCAACACGGUGGGAUUUGGUGCGCGACAGGAUGACGUCGAUGAACAAAAGUGCAAAGGGUGGGAGUGCUUGCUAGGAUACUAA